AUGGCGACUCCCAUCUCCUCCGCCCCUCCUCCCUCGUCCCGGUUCACCCGGAGCCUCGAAAAGACUCCGGCAAGAACAUUGAAGGAUCUUCGACCAACCCGGAGGAAACUGCGGGUGCUUGAACAAAUGGAGAAGAAGGUGGAGGAAGCAGCCACCAAGAAGUCAAAGGCUCGCAAGCGAGACAGCGAGGCUAAAGGGAAAUGGUGGCCCUGCUUCACCACGGAGACCGAACUCCGCAACCUCGAGGCGGAGGGUUUUCUGAAACCUGGAUCCUGGCGUACGAUCCCAGGUGAACUAUGUCCUGCUCCCGAAGCCGGAGAGUGGGUGGUGACCAAGGCGCUCGUUGAGCGUGGAUUUUCUCUCCCGCCCAGCUAUUUCUUCUCGAAAAUCCUGAAGGCGUACGAGCUUCAACCUUACCACAUUGUUCCGAACAGCAUCUUGGCCAUCAGCAACCACGCAACGCUGUGUGAAGGCCACCUCCGGAUAACCCCGGAUCUUUCCCUCUUCCAGUACUACUUCUCCGUCAAGAAGGAGAAAGUUUCACAGACUUCCACGCUGGCCACCUGCGGUGGCGUUACCUUCAAGCUCCCCCCCGGGCGCAUGUACCCGCACACAGAUCGUCAUGAAUCUGUGCGGUACUGGUCCGGCAACUUCUUCUACCUGAAGGACGUGGCUGAUCCGUCUUCCCCAAAGUUCAGGCGCAAGCGCAAGCGGUGGUCGCCGUCCAUCCGACCCCACCUUCUCCCCCUCUGUCUCCCCGCCGUUGCCAAAUCCAAAACCCUAGCCCCGCCCCGCCCCCACGGGAGAAUGACCGACGCCUCCGCCCUAGCCGCCGCCGUCCUCGACGCCGCCACGCCCCCGGCCGCCGCCGCCGCAACCUCCUCCGUGCUCGACUACCUCGCCCGCCACGCCGCCGACCACCCGCGCGCCUUCUUCGCCGACGCCUUCCCCUCCCUCCUCUACCGCCUCUUCGUCUCCUCCCCUUCCUCCCCCUCCUUCAUCGACCUCGCCGCCGCCGACCCCGACCUCGCCACCCUCCUCCUCAACCUCCUCGCCCCCUCCGGCCCGCUCCUCGCCGCCGCCGCCGCCGCCGACCGCCUCGCCCUCAUCCGCUUCGUCUUCCCCUCCGAGCGACUCCCCUACUGGCUCCGCGUCGCCCUCGCCGAGGACCCCUCCCCCGGCCUCCCCCUCGCCUCCCCGCUCCUCGCCGCCCGCGUCGGCUCCGACCUCCACCUCUCCGUCUUCGAGUACUACCUCUUCUGGUUCGCAUACUACCCCGUCUCCUCCGCCGAUCCCGCCGCCUCCGCCUCCGCCUCAAACCCCACCCACAAAUCGCGCUCCCGCAUCGAGUCCUGGGUCUCCACCCUCGCGCCCACCGCCACCGCCGCCACACACAAGCCUGGGAACAAGCCAGAACCAUGCCUAUACCUCAAACUCCUCUACGCCUACCUCAGGGACUUCGUGCCCACAGCCGCGUCCACGCCGCCGCUGCGCCGCCCAAGUGGCACCCUCCUCCAGCGCACCGCCAGCGAGCAAACAGCCGCUGAGGCAGACCCGUUCGCCCGAGCUGAGUUCUUCCUCCACACGCUCAUCCAGUUCUGGCUCGUCGGGGACGACUUCUCGCCGCUGCCCGUGCAGACGUACCGCGCCUUCGGCCUCAAGCUGCCUUCCCGGGCUCGCGCCCAGCUAAGCGACCAGCCGCCAUCACCUGGGCUCGGGGAUGCGGUUAAGCUGCUCAUCAUGUAUCUCAACUGCUGCUGUGCCCGCAGCCCACCACCAGCAGAUACGCACAUGGUCGUCUCCUCUGGUAGCCAGGUUGGAUUUUGGAAUCCCCUCAUACAAAGGCCUAUGUACCGCUUUGUGCUGAGGGCCUUCUUGUUCUGCCCCAUUGGUGCGGUGGUCAAGAACGCCACACAGGUCUUCUCUGUGUGGCUCGCGUACAUGGAGCCAUGGAAGCUUACGCAAGAGGAGCUGGAUGAAUAUGAUGUGUCGCUCAUGAAGAACAGGACGGAAACGCAACAGGCUGGAGUGCCAAAAAAGGAGAAGCUCAUGUAUACUCCGGCGUGGAACAACUAUGUGAUGUCCAAUUACCUCUUCUAUAGCUCCAUGGUGGUGCAUUUCCUGGGCUUCGCACACAAGUUUAUCCAUUCAGACGUCUCCUCAGUGCUCCUCAUGAUCUUAAAGGUAUUAGAGGUCUUGUCCUCCUCCUCAGAACUGGCAGAUCUUCUAUAUAAAGUGGAUGUCGCCUAUCACUCUAGACCGUCAUGUUCUUCAGAAUCAGAUGAUGUAGUGAAGUUUGUGCCAUCAAUCCGUGAACAGCUAAAGGACUGGGAGGAUGGUUUGACAGAAACUGAUGCAGAUGGGUCUUUCUUGCAUGAGAAUAGGAACUCUGAUCUAAGACUUUUCAGUUCUGGUGAGGAUGGUGCUUAUCAUCUGCUUCAGCUCCUCUUGAUCCGAGCAGAGUUGGAGAUACAACGUCUGCCCGGUGACACAUCAUCAGCUCUCCAGUCGCUGGAUUUGAUAAAAUCGCGCAUGAAAAAGAUUUUCCAGGGCCGAAUCGAAGGCGCCCACCACAAAAACAUCUCGCUAGACGAGUCACAGCAGCAGCACCCGGGGCGUGGCGAGAUUUUUACACCUAAGCAUCCCGUUUUGGGCAGGAGUAAAUUUAGUGAAGUGAAGUAUAGAGGGGACUGGAUGAAGAGACCCAUCUCAGAGACUGAAGUGGCGUGGCUCGCCCGGAUCCUGAUCCGCGUGUCUGACUGGCUGAAUGACGCCCUCCGACUUGGCUGUGACGAUGGUGCUGAUGAUAGCUCAGCUAGGCCAACUUACAUCAAGUUUGACCGCAGUGAGCUGGCGACGAUAGGUGGGCCAAAGGAUGCUGCGAGGAUGGCUCUUGUGGCUGUUUGUUCACUGCUCGCCUUGGUGGGACAAGCUCUGCUCAAAUUUAUGAGGACGCAUAGGGUGAAGAUCAACCUGAGGGUUUUUGCUUCCAAGAAGUUGCUGGCGGGUCUUGUGUUGCUGUAUGCGGUGGUGGCAGGGACGAGGAGUGCUUUCUCUUGAGCUUUUUUACCUGUGUUGCCCUGAGAAUCGCUGAAGCUCCCAGGUUUCGAUUCCGGAAGAUGAUGAGGCGGCAUAUGCUGUACAGGAACUCCAUAGGACAUGAGGGAACUUACACAGAGAGAUGUGAUGGGUGUCGCCUGUGUUUGCAGAGAGCAAGUUAGUUGAUCCUGCCUUGCCGUAGAAGGGUGUGGUUGGCAAUACGGCGGCACCUGUGCGAAAGGAAAGAAAAAAAUGUUGUUCAUGUAAACGAUGUAAUACAGGGUUUUUAUCUAGUCCGCAAAAAAGGAAAAGAAAAAACUCGGUUCGUGUCUUUCU